AUGCCUGAUGGCUUGCGGCGGGCGGGCGAAGUGCAGACAGGUUUUCGGAUCCAGAUCCACGAAGCAGACAGGCCGACUGAGGUACCACUGCCACAUCAAGCGGAAUCUCCGCCGAUAGAAGAGAUCCCUUGGUUGCACAAACAGAAAACUUCAGAUCAGCUCCCUACAGAUGCUUGUCCCUUUCUGGCGCUGGCUGGUGUCUCGGAGCAGUCUGCUGGCAACCCCCAUGUUCCCGAAGGAGGGGGCGAGCAUGAUGUUCAGAAUGCUGAAAAUUCACCAGCUGACUGGUCAGCGGCUGAGGCUGAACAGAAGAACCAAGUUCUGCCACGCAUCACAGAGUCUUGCAACCUCUUCCGAAGGACAGAGGUCUCCCUUUUUGGAAAGUUGAUGUACGCCGAUCUUCUGCAGAGAUCCCCAGACAAGAAGCAGUUUCAUGCCAUUUUCAGCUCCACCGACAUGAACAGGCUGGCCAGCGUCUUUGGACGAAUACCGCUUGAGAUGCAUCGCCUGCUUGCCUUGCCUACAAAGGGCGUGUUGUCGCAGGAGCUUCAGAAACUGGCUCUACGUCACGUGGAUUAUGGAGCAGCCCGCCAUCACCGAAGUGAAUUCAGGAAGAGCUUCCUGUACGCCUUGUCGCAGUGCUUGCUACGUGCUGGCGGUAUUUGGGAUGCUCGACUGGAGGAAAGUUGGGCGUGGGUCUUCGACAGCUUCAGCGAAGAGCUGUUCACGCACCUGGAGCGGCUCAAGCCCAAGAUAGAGCUGAUCCGCUCCACGUGGUCCGAGGUUUUGCAAGAUGUCAGGUCGAAGACCGAGCUUAUGUCAUCCAGGUCGGUCGCCUCCAACAGCACGACCUGGACCAAGAAGAGCAGCCGGAAAACCCUCGCCUCAAAGGCGACGAAGGCACACCUCACCAUCUCCGCGGAACUUGGCGAGGCUGAAGGCGGAGUGGUUGCGCAUGGAUCCCAUGGCUCCUCUGUAACCGCCCUCGGCACCAUGCUUGGGCAGAAGAUGCGCUUGCAACUGCAUCAGGGGGACUUGACUUUUACGUUCACUGACCAGCACGGCGCAAAGUUGGGCCUCGCUCUGGAUCUGAUCGUGUCUACCGCCACCCAGCCGUCCGAGUUGGAGCGUCAACUCUUCCGCCUUGCGCAGCGCCACGUGGAACUUGGGGUCGCUCCGGAGCACCUGCGGAUCUUCAGACGUUGCCUGUUUGAGCUGCUCAAUGCUUUCCUGAAGACUUGGGAGGGCGAGGUCCAGAUGGCGUGGCUUUGGCUCUGGGGCGUCGUGGAGAGGACUUUCCUGGAUGUCAUGGUGAAGUGGAAGCACGUGCGGCACUCCGUGGAGAGCUCCUGGCGCGGUCUGUCCAGCAGUCCCCAGUUUUCAAUGAGCUUGGCCCGGCAGUUGCACGGCAAGCUGUUCCAGCAGCAGGCCUUCCGCGGAAUGUUCCGGAAGCGUGACGAGGCUAUGGCAGCCGCCUUUGCCAAAGCCAUCGAGCUGCUCGUGGCCUGCACUAGAGACAGUGAGGUUCAGCAAGCACUGGAGCGAACGGCUGUCAUGCACUGCAAGUUUGACUUGCAGCCCUGGCACUUUGAGGCCUGGGGCGAGGCACUGUUGGACGUACUUGCGGAGGCUUCCAGAGAAGCUGGGAAGGAUUGGAGUGAGGACUCUCGCUCUUCCUGGUCCAUCCUACACAACAUGGCCUCCCAGAGCUUCAUUGAGAUCAUUGACAGCUCCCGGACGAGUCUUUGCAGCGCCCUGGUCCGUGCCUCGAGCCGAAGGGUCAAAGAGGCGCUGGCCAAAGCUCCGCGUAGCGAGCGUGCCAGCAGCGCGCUUCAGGUUUCUGCAGGCAAGCAGCAGCUGUCGCCCCUCCUCUGGGCACUCAGGGAUGGGCACACGGAGAUUUUGGAGAUUCUGCUGAGUGACAUCUUGACGCUUCGAGCUGACAGGACCUGCUUCUACUAUGGUGUUGACGAGCUGUGGAAGCGAUGUCCCGUGAUUCUGGAUGCCUUAAUCGAGUAUGCGCCACAACUCUUGGAGCCGUUUCUGGAUGGACACCUAUGGGUCAGCCGAGAGACAUCUGAUGGCUGUCGGAGGGUGAACAUGUGGUUGGAGCACAUCUACGGAAACCCCAGCCUCGUAUCCAGAGUGUUUGAGGGGCCGCUGGGCACGCUGGUGCAACGGUUGCCAGAGUCGCACAUCGAGGUCUUCAACCACCCGGUGAUCUCAACAGCCGUUGACCUCAAGUGGCGUCGCUUUGGGCGGAGGAAGCUCAUAAGCGUUGCACUGCAACAGAUUCUCUGUCUCAUUUCCUACCUCGUGGUUGGGGUGUCCCAGGGCAUGAAUAUGCACACUGGCAUCGGCGCUUGUGCCUUGUGGGGAGUGAUCACAGCCUACCACAUCCUGCGGAUAUGCCACAUGGCUAUCUGGGAGACGUGUAGUCAGCGCAUGCAAGUGGUAGACCUGAGGCUUAUUACCCUACACAUCCCUCAGAGCGUGUGCCUGUUUUUUGUACAGCUACGAUUUGUAUGCUGCAUCUUGUCCCUCAUGUUGAUCUGGCAGAUGCUGAAGCCCUGCUUCGAGGGAGCUACCGAGAACUGUCCGGCAGUAGGGGAGGGAGUAUCGCGCAUACUCUAUGCGUUCGUGGCUUUCCUCCAGUGGAUCCAACUUGCAGAGAUGUUCAAGUUACACAGCAAGCUGGCUGCAGUUGUUUUGCUGGGCAAGGCAAUGCUUCAGGAUGCCGCGCGGUUCAUGAUGGGUCUCUUGUUAUGGCUGAUUGCAGUAGGAGCUGCCCUGGACAAGCUGACCAGCAGCACCAUGAGCUCUCAUGAUGCCUUUAACUUCAAGAGCGCCUAUUCUCUGUUUGCCUUGGCUUUGGGGGUAGGCGAGGACUCUGACCUGACUUUCUACACCGGCUCCUUUGAGGCUGUCGUAAAGGCACUCUUCCUGAGUGCUCUGUGGGUGUCCAUGAUCCCCAUCACCAAUCUUCUCAUCGCAGCGGUGGUCUCCAUCUAUGCGAAGGCCGAGGCGAUGACCAUCGCUCUGGCCAUGAAGACUCGCGCAGACUUUGCGCUGCGCGUUGAGGACGCACUCCCCUCCGAGACGCGGCUUGCCUAUUUCAACCACCUCAACUUUCAGGAGCCCUUGCCCUUCUCUAAGUACGAGAAGGGCCCCAGCGGCGGACUCUCGAAUCUUUGCAACCCUGUGGACCUGAAGCAUCCGAGCUAUGCCAGGCGCACCGAUGCCGUGCUGUUUUUCCCAGGUGACACAGGGCCCGACCUGCCCUGGCCAGCGCACGAGGUUCCCCUCAUUGCCACUGGUUCAUCGACAUCUGCCACGGCAAGAGCCAUGGCUUCGGUACCCGAAAGCCAUUCGCCGUCGGACUUCCAUCAUGCUCCGGCCAUGCAGCUGGAACCUGCGGCCGUGAAGGCGAUGGCGCGGGCGCUGGGCCCAGAGCACUGCGUCCUCGUUGUCGAAGGACGUAUCUACUACGUUGGGAAGUUUCAGGCCCACCACCCAGGCGGAAAGGCGAUCCUUGCAGCCGAAAACGGCAGUGACGUCUCCGACUUGUUCCGAGUCUCCCAUGCUAAUGUUCACCGCGCCCGAGCAGCUCUGAAAGAUCUUCCCGUUCUCGGGACCGUUUCGUCGGCUGAGCUUCUCAAGUGA